AUGGAAAAUAAAAGGAAUGUGACUGAAUUCAUUUUAAUAGGUCUUACACAGAAUCCUAAACUGCAAAAAGUAGUAUUUGUGGUGUUUUUGCUUCUCUAUUUGGUGACACUCUCAGGCAAUUUGCUCAUAGUAUUUACCAUUACCACCAGCCCAUCUCUGAACUCACCCAUGUACUUCUUCCUGACCCACCUUUCCUUGAUAGAUACAAUCUAUUCUUCUUCUUCAGCUCCUAAGCUCAUUGUGGAUUCUCUUCACCAGAAGAAAACGAUCUCUUUUAAUGGCUGCAUGGCUCAAGUCUAUGCUGAACACAUUUUUGGUGCCACUGAGAUCAUCUUGCUCACAAUAAUGGCCUACGAUCGCUAUGUGGCCAUCUGCAAGCCUCUGCAUUAUACUACCAUCAUGAACUAUAGACUAUGUAUUAUUCUGCUGGGAGUUGCCUGGACUGGAGGAGCUCUCCAUGCUACCAUUCAGAUCCUUUUUACAGUCUGGCUGCCCUUCUGUGGUCCUAAUGUCAUAGAUCAUUUUAUGUGUGACUUGUACCCAUUAUUGAAACUUGUCUGCAUGGAUACUCAGACCCUGGGUCUUUUCGUUGCUGCCAACAGUGGCUUUAUUUGCUUGUUAAACUUCCUUCUCUUAAUGAUUUCCUAUGUGGUUAUCUUGCGUUCCCUAAAGAACUACAGCUUGGAGGGGAGACGCAAGGCCCUUUCUACCUGUAUCUCUCACAUCACAGUUGUUGUUUUAUUCUUUAUUCCUUGCAUAUUUGUGUAUCUUCGCCCAGUGACCACUUUGCCCAUUGAUAAGGCAGUUGCUGUUUUCUACACUAUGGUGGCUCCUAUGUUAAAUCCUUUAAUCUAUACACUCAGAAAUGCUGAGGUAAAAAAUGCAAUGAGGAAGCUGUGGAGAAAAAAAGUGACCUCAGACAAUGCAUAA